AUGUCGGCCUUCAGAACAUCCUUCAACCGCCACGAUCCAGAGACGAUAUUGACUUAUCCUUGGACUUUCCUGAGUGGCAGGAGCGACGAACAGAAGGCUCUGAUCGCCCAACCUAAUGACUAUUCCAAGGCAAAAUCUGUAGUGCGGUUCCACCCUGCACACCGACUAGUCAUAAUCGAGCAAACUGGCAUGUUCAGCUUCGCAGUCAGAACGCAGAGGACCGAGACCAUCCAGGACAAAAUACCAGCGCGCACAGUCAAAGACCUCAAAAUCAUCGCGUAUCCAAUGGCUCCUGUCGAUCUACGCCGUCAGCUCGUAGCUGAAGUCAAUGACUAUAGAGUUAGAGACGUCUCCUUCUUCUCUCCACCCGAUCACGAUCAGCCUGCGCUAGACAUCCACGACUACAUAGGCUCUCGCCUCUUGGUGAAAGAGCUGCAAAGGUGUGGUGCAAAUCUGAAAGCACUGGUCUUCUCAGUCGCAGACAUUGAGACCGGCAGCGUGACUGAGGAAGCUCUUGUCGAGUUCGUUCGGUCAUGUCGAGAUUUGAGAGCAUUAAGUCUCCACUACCGACCAAAGGAUCAGACGCCCGCCAAUCAUAUGCGAGAAGUGGACUACAAUGACUACGUCGACUAUCUCAACGCUCAGCUCAACAUACCGACGCGCGACAUGAAACUGCCGACAGACACAGUACAAGAAUAG